AUGCCUUCCUGGCCAGUGCUGCCAGAUGAGGUUCUGGCGGGGGUCAAGCUGGUUUUCAGUGACCCAUUGAUUCUCGGUGCUUCUUUUGACGAUGAGGAGGGGGCAGGUGGGCUCUUGACAUCUUUGUUUCCGGAUGCAACAGGGGAGCAGAUCUUAGAUUGGAGGGCGGCUCUUGAGACUUGGCGGAUCGACUCCGCACGUGUACUCAAGAGGGCCCGGUUGGGAAUCGUAGAUGCUGCUUUGUGCCAACCCCUCGCAGCCCCUCCUUCGUCAGUAGCAGAUUCUUUUGUGAAGAUCACUCAAACGAGUUCUCUUUGUGUCUUGGAGUUUGCAGCAAAGAAGCGCAUGAAGGCUUAUCGGGAUGAGGCACCAGAUGCUCGCGCCAGGCGUUUUGAGGAAGAGCGGAAGAAGUACUCAAGGUUGCUUGCAGCUGUGAUUCAGGAGGCACGGCUUCCAGUGGCACGUUUGGUUGAGACCUUAGAUGAUCAGGCUUCGGGGUGGACACACAUCUUUGCGGCUAGGAGAGCAAAUACAUUGAAGAAUCGAUACAAGGCAUGGAAACCUUUUCGAGACUGGUUGGAACUUCAUCGAGGGAGAGUAUUUCCAAACUCUGUCAAAGACACUAUCGACUAUGUUCAACACAGGGUUGAUGACGGCUGUGGGAGAACAGUUCCUGAAUCUUUCCAUAUUUCCUUGACAUUGUUGGAGCAGGUUGGAAAAGUUCCGGAUUGUGAGCGCAUUUCAUCUGAUGAACUUUGGAAGUCACAUGUGAAGUCAUGGACUGCCGAGCUCUCGGAGGACGCCCCGCCUCGCAAGCCUGCAGAAAUGUUCACGGUCGCAAUUCUCGUGUCACUCGAGCUCGUAGUGGUUGAUCAGGAGUCUGCAUUGUUUGACAGGGCAUUAGCUUGGGUCGCAUUGUGUAUGGUUUGGGGCUCAUUGAGAUGCGAUGACGUCCAGGCCAUCAUUCCACACAGGUCGACUUUGUCAAACUACGGACUCCGGAUGGUCCUUGGGAGGAGUAAGACUUCAGGUCCUGACAAGAGGCAGAAAGAGGUUCCUGUUCACAUCUUGAGGUUGAUUUCAUUGACCGGUGCCGACUGGUUGAUGGAGGGCUUUGAGAUUUGGUCUGAAGAUCCUUUCAACUUCCGCAGGGAUUAUUUGGUUAUGGAACCCAACAGGGACUUCUCUGGCGUGAGACGGAAGUUUGUUCCACCGGAGGGAUUGAGUUCAUUGCUGUUGAGGCUUUUGGGCAAUUUGGGAACGCCUCGGAUUGUGAAUUCUAGGUGGGUCCUGAACAAAACCUCGCUCCUUCUUCCUGAUGGGCUGGAGACUCAUUUUACUGGGCACAGCCCGCGGAAUUUCCUCACCUCAGUGGCCGCGACUAUUGGAUUCUCAAAGGAUGAGCGUGCUUAUUUGGGUCGAUGGGCCAUGGGGAUGGCGGCUUCAGAGGAGUAUGUCAGGACAUCACGUCAAGUGGUCUUCAAGAUUCAGAGGCAGGUCAACAAGGUUCUUUUGGAGGGUGGCGACAUCCCGUAUAUGGAAGAUGAGGCGGUUGAGCGGUUGUGCCAAUCGGCAGAGGCUCGGUCGAUCAAUGUUGCGCGAAUCAAACGUAGGCAUUUGAUCAUGAUUCUUGAUGGAGCUAACCAUUGUCUUGGGGGUGUUUUCCCUUUAUUGAGGGUUCACGAUGACCAGUGGGAGCUCGUUGAGGGUGGUGAUGAAGAACUGCCAGAUGCUCAGAUUGCUAUGCACGCCAAGUCAGAUUUGAAUCUGUCUGCACCUUCUUCGAAGUUCUUCAUUACGGUUUCUUGCAGGGCAAACUUUCGCAGGCUCCAUUUGGUCGGGUGCUUUGUAAAGCCGAAUAAAUGCUGUGAAGUCAUCUUUGUAGAUGAAGUCAAAUCGGAAGACUUUGAUUCAAUUUGUCGCACGUGCAAGAGAAAGAUGCUCUCUGAAGGAGGCAAGGAGGCACAGGUGGAUUCGAGUUCCACGGCUUCGUCCUCAUCCACCGAAGCGAGUGGUGUGGAGUGA